UUGAAAGGAUUGACUCUGCUACACCUUUUUAAGGACUUAACAAACAGCGGGGGAGGUGUGUUGGUUUGUUGUGGCGCUGCUGUAUGCAAGAGACCAGACCUCGCUGUCUCCAGAAAUCCUGCAGACCCGUGGCCAUCCUGCGAGAUUUACGUCAGCCCUGCCUUGCAGAGACGGACCACCAACACCAGAGGGGAGAUGAAGCCGGAUGGGGUUGCCACGGCAGUGCAUGAGCCAAUGGAAACACUGGAAUCCAACCCGGUGAAUGAGGCAGCAGGACUGGAGGGCAACCAGGCCGCCAGCCCGGGGACGGAGGAGGUGUCACAGCCCACCACAGAAGAGACGGGGGACGCAAAGCCAAACCAGGCUAAGGAGACCCCCGCUAAGACUGGCAACAAGACUACAGGAGACCCCAAAGCCAAGACUACCAACAAGGCCCCGUCCAACAAGACAAAACCCGGCACCACGGCCCCAAGUAAGACCUCAACCGGGUCCAAGACCAACACAACCCAGAGCCGCCUCUCAAACGGCACGACUAAGCCCCAGACUAACGGCGUGGCGAAGAAACCCGCCCCUGCCGCAGUUAAAAAGACCACCCCCACCACAGCGCCUGUCAAAAAACCAACAGGCACGACCCCGUCCCCGGCCCUGAAGAGCAAAGUGGGUGAGAAGAAACCCACAGGGGCGUCUCCCGCCACCGAAGGAGUGAAGUCGAUGACCGGAACAACCGCGGCCAAGAGGCCAGCGCCCGCUCCUGCUAACGGUGUCAAAACCAGCAGCACCACCGCGACCCCCGCUAAGAAGCCCCUAGCUCCUAAGACUGCCUCUGCAACUCCCACCAAGCCCCCUGUUUCCAAGACAACAAGGACUCCAACCGGCACGCCUGCAUCAUCUCGCCCUGCCACAGGCCCAACCCGGACCCCCACCUCCAGCACAGCCAAGAGCUCCCCAGCUACUCCCAAAACUACCACCCCGAAAACCUCCUCCACCACCACCGCCAAGCCUGCGGCCUCCAGACUAACCUCCACUACCCCCUCUGGUGGCAAGCCUCCGGCAUCACAGACAUCCAGAACCACAACCCCUGUGAAGAAAGAUGUUACCAAACCUGCUGCUUCAGCAUCCAAAAAGCCAUCAGACUCCCCCCUCACCCGCCCCCCCAUCACAAAGUCGGUCAAACCUGAGACCCCCAAAUCCGCCUCGAAAUCAGACGUCCCAGCCAAAAAGCCUGCAGCCAGUAAGGACACAAAGACGCCCACCCGGCCUAAAACUGAGAGUAAGCCAACUCCUUCCAAGGCUCCUGGCUUGAAAACAUCCAAGACCCCCGCCCCCAAGAAAACGGUGGGCAGCAGCACCCCGACUCCAGUGAAGCGCGGCCCCAAAGCGGUGUCUGAAGCAGCGCCGGCGAAAGAGAUAGCUGCUGCUGCUGCUGCUGUAGCCGCCGCCGCAGCUAUCGCUACUGCUGCUGCUGUCAUAGCCGGGCCAGAGGGACCAGAACCAGCUGCUGCUGGGGAACCACAGCUGAUGUCCAGCCAGCCCGAAGCGGUACAAGAAAAAACUCCAGAACCUACACCAGAGCCUGAACCAGAAUCAUUCCAAGUGCGAGAAACAUCUCCAGAGCCCCUCCCAGAACCCCUGUCAGAUGCAGAACUUGGAGCAGCCUCUGUCAAUCAGUUGUCGGCUGAUUUAGACCGCUUUAAAUUCUCCGCGUCUGCUAAAGACACCUCCCUGGGAACCACCGUCAUGUCUCCUCCUUCCUCUCCUCUGUGCCCGGCCUCCUCUCUGCUGGACAUGCAGGUCCAGGCUGAUCCCUGGGACCGGAACCAGGACAUGGCUCCGUCUCACUUUGCUCCCCAGAGCCUCGUCUACACAGAGGAGGAAAAGGAGAAUAAGGACCAGUUUGAGACACAGCAGGAUGAGGAGGAAGAGGAAGAGGAGGAAGAGGAGGAGAAGGAGAACCUGUUCAUGCCUUCCUCCAAAGCUCCAUCUGCGGGCGCCUUCAACCUGAUGGCACAGCCUCAGAUGGAUGCCCUGCUCUCCCCCCAUGAGAAGGAGGAGGCGGUUGAAAAGGCUGACGAGGAGAUAAACGAGGAUGAUGAGGAGGAGGAUGACGAAGACGAGGAGCAGAGGCGACUGGGCCACCUGCCUUCCCCCCUGGGCACCGACAUGAGCACGUCUCAGCCCUCCGAGGAGUUCGCUGUGCGUCCCUCUGCCUUCGGGGGGUCUGCGGGUUGGCACGGCGACGACCUGCUGUCCGGGCUGGACUCGGAGGACGUGAGCAGCUGCAGCCGGCCGGCGGGCGAGUCGGACCUGAGCAGCACGCAGCACACGGCCCUGCUGGAGGGCACGCAGAGCUCCGACGCCCUGGUGGACUCCAGCCUACGAGGGUCAGAGGGAGACGGGAACCUCAUGGGAUCCCCCAACGUGGAGACCCUCGCCAACGAGGAGGAGGAAGACGAGGAGGACGAGGAGCGGGUGGACGACAUGGACCUGAGCUCUGAGAGAGUGGAGGAGCAUCACAAAGGGCUCCAGCAGCAGCAGCAGCAGCAGCAGCAGGAGGAAGAGGAGGAUGACGAAGAUGUGGAGAUGCACAGUGAAGGAGUGACGGAGAGCGGAGGGAACGUAGACGAAGACGACUUCAACGAGGAGGAGCGCUUAGACAACCUGAACCGCUCUGCUGCUCCUCCCUGCGCCCCCCCCACCUCCUCCUGGGGUCAGACCAACCCCUUCUGUGAUACCUGGGCUCAGUCGGCCACCGUCCCCUCCCCCAGACCCCUCUCUGACCUCGGGGCGGCUGAAUCAGUGACCCCUGUCCUGUCUCCGGCUCACAUGGCCAGCAGCGCCGCGUCCUUUGCUCCUGGGUCAGUGCAGGAGGAGAUGAUGAAGGACUCUGAAGAUGACGAGGCUCAUGGAUUGUUUGCCGCCGCAGCAGGAGGCGCUGCCCCCGUCGCCCGUAGCAACAGCGAGACGAGCACGCCCGAGGAGCUCCGUGACUACGACAGCAGCUCGGGGGUGGAGUCCCGCUCCGACAAGCAGCAGACCCCGGUGCCUCCUCACCAGGCCGACAUGGAGCAGGACCUGGGCAUCCACCUGGAGAAAGGAGACGGGGAGGAGGAGGAGGCCGAGACCCUCCCCGCCGACGAAGUCCUAGGAACGGGACCCCCGACCGCCCCUGCCUCCGCCCCCUCCUCCCCCUCCACCUCAGGAGACGAGGCCAGCGACACAGAAGGCGAGAUGCAGAUCAACGACCCCGACGCACCACUGAUGAUGGACGAGAGCGCCCGGUUCGAGAGCCCCCCCCCCACCUGCAGCCUGCCCGCUCUGACGGAGGACGAGGAGGCUCGCGGCGGAGAGGGCGAGGAGGACGGAGGCGGCACCACCCCGCAGUCGGCCAACUCGGUGGCGUCUUACGGCUUCGACUGCACCACGUCCAACUCCAACGCCCACUCCAUGGCCGAGAGCUGCGGGAAGAGCCCCGGCAUCUUCAGCCUGGAGAACGAGGAGCAGCUGUCGGAGGAGGCCAAGGACCCCUCCCUCAUCAAGGAGCUCACGCUGCCCUCCGCCGCCGCCGCCCCCGUGGACCUGACGCCUUUCGGGUUCCCGGGAGACGUCCAGCACGGAAGUCUAGACGAGUACAUGCUGGGGGGGAAGAUGGCGGCGGAGCACCUGGAGGAGGUCGACCCGCUGGAGCCCCUUCACCACCUCGGGGGGGCCGUGGAGUCCGGAGACCCCGGAGACAGCCAGCCGCCGUACUACUCUACCAUUUGUGAUAAGACUGAUAGUUUUCUGGCAGGUAACGUAUAAGUCCCUCCUCUCACCCCCUGAAUGCACCUUUUCCCCCGCACCCCCCCCCCCCCCCCCCC